AUGACUGCAAAUAACACUAUGGUAACAGAAUUCAUCCUUCUUGGAUUUUCCAUGUUAAAGGAAGUUCAACCUUUGCUCUUUCCACUUUUCUUGCUCAUGUAUGUCGUAACAGUGGCUGGAAAUGUAUGUAUUAUCCUAACAUAUAAUUUAAUUGCCAAUCUGCACACCCCGAUGUACUUUUUCCUGGCCAAUUUCUCAUUUUUGGAAAUAUUUUAUGUGACAUCUACUACCCCCAAUAUGUUGUCCAACUUCUUGUCAGACCAUAAAGCCAUUUCUUUUUAUGGUUGUGUCAUCCAAGUGUAUUGUUUCCUACUUCUGGCAGGAACUGAGUGCUAUAUGCUGGCUGUCAUGGCAUUCGAUCGAUACAAUGCCAUUUGUCGACCCCUGUUAUAUACAGUUAUUAUGAAUAAAGGAGCUUGUGUUAAGCACGUCAUUGGGUCAUGGUCCAUUGGGGCAAUCAAUGCAGUAUUACACACAGUUCUUACAUUUUCUUUACCUUUUUGCAGAUCAAAUCAGAUUAACCAUUUUUUCUGUGAAAUCCCAUCAUUGCUUAAACUGUCAUGUCAGGACACCUGGAUCAAUGAGUUGACAACAUUUACCGCUGCUGGUUGUAUCAUGAUUGGCUCAUUUAUAUUGAUAAUGCUCUCCUACAUACAAAUCAUCUCAAUAAUUCUACAAGGUAAUUUAGGUUCCGGGAGGAAGAAAGCAUUUUCAACCUGCACCUCUCACUUGAUAGUGAUUGCAAUAUUUUACGGCCCUGGAAUAAUUGUGUAUUUUAGACCCAAGUCUAAUUAUGACUCAUCACAAGAUGCCAUUGUCGCGCUGAUGUAUACCGUGAUUGCACCAUUAUUAAACCCAUUUAUCUACACCCUUAGAAACAAAAAAGUUAAAUUAGGAAUCAAAAAGAUAUUUUGUCAAAAAACAAGACACUGA